AUGGCGGCCGCCGCGCACGCCGCAAAGCCAGCUGACAAGCCCUACCCGCAAGACCUCAAGGGCCUAUGCACCAAGGGCGGCUGCGACUACACCUCCGGCUCGUUCGACUACUGGACGAUCCCCGAGUACGGCGCGUGCGUGAACUCCCCGCCGUCGUCGUCGAAGCCGUACUGCGCGGCGGGCAGCAUCCACGCCAAGGCGUGCUGCAACAAGUGCAGCAACACCACCGGCACCACCUCCUUCAACUGCCGCUACUGGGUCCACAUUCCAUCCUCCGGCGGAAGCUCGGACACGUGCUCCGGAAAGCCGUGCGGCAAGUGCAUCCUGCUCCCCGCAAUCGACGGCAUCGAGCCCGUGAAGGGCGGCGGAAAGAAAAUCCGCAUCGGCAAGGCCUGCCCGACCACCAAGGAUGACCCGCAUUUCCUCGGCGCGCACGGAACGCGCUUCGAGUUCAACGGGCUGCCCGAGAAAUCUUUCUGCCUGUACACGGACCGUCAGAUGCACAUCAACAUGGCCAUGCGCGGGUAUUACGAUGACCGCACCGAGAGCGCCGCGCUGAUCGUGAACGGCAAGGCGGUUCGCACGUGGAUUCGCCAGCUCGCCAUCAUGUGGAGGUCGCGCGACGGAUCGUCGCACAGCUUCGUCAUGACCGCUCGCGACGGCAAGGAGCAGGCCCGUGGCGACGGUUUCGUGAAGUCUAUCGUCGCAGACGAUAAGGCUCUGCCGAGAAUGAAGGUCGGCGAGAGCAAGAAGAUCGCAGACCUGACCCUCACCUUCAACAAGAUCGAGAAGGUUGGACCGUACGAUGUGGACGCUUACACGGUCAAGAUCCGCGAUCAGAUGGAGCUGGAUCUGAGGCUCCGCGUCGCUCACCCGCUCCUCCAGACUCCUGACGACGCCGAGACGCACAUCAACGUGAUGUUCACUGACGUGGCACCCACUGCUGACGUGCACGGUGUCAUGGGCCAGACGUACCGUACGGGCAGGGAGAAGCGUACGACCGACUUCUCCCGUCUGGCUGCCGUUCUCCACCACCCCGUUUCCGCUGACGGAGCGGAGGGCAAGGGCUUCCUUGACGGAAAGGUUUCUGACUACGAGACGUCUUCCGUCACGGCGACUGACUGCCGGUUCUCUGCUUUCAACACUGGAGAGCUUCCCGCCGUGGCUUAA